AUGGACCGACCAUCGCCUCGUCACCUCGAGGAUGCGUAUUCGCCUACAGCAUCGCAGGAGACCACAAGGUAAGCGACCCCCAGGUAGGCUGAAUAUUGCUUUGUUGUCUUUGCCCGCUCACCAUCCUCAUUUUAGCAAUGAACUGGCUCAACGGCUAGACCACCUUCAAAUCGCUGCCGCUGUCGCCGACGAGAACGCCUGCUUGGAGAACCGAUGGUGCCAACUGCGGGACACAGACCAGUCGACGGCGCUGGCCGCCCCGGUCGCGCACGCCGGCAACACUAGGACUGGUUCGACGAAAACCACGCCGCUAUCAGCAACCUACUUGCCGAGAGGAACCGUCUGCACAAAGCCUACUUAGACUACCCCACCGAGGACAACAGAGCUACUUUUUGCCGCAGUCGCCGCCUCUUACAACAGUGACUACGGAGAUGCAGGACGCUUGGACGGUUCGCAAGGCCGAGGAGAUCCAAGGAUACGCAGAUCGCAACGAAUGGAAGGACUUCCUCUCCGCGAUCAAAGCUGCCUGCGAUCCGCCACCCAAAGGAAUUGUUCUUCUUCUUGGCGCCGACGGUAGUACCCUCCAGACUGAGAAGACGCAAAUCCUACAGCGAUGA